AACGCAUCCCAACGCACGAGCCUGUCCCCAAUCCCAAGAAUUUACGAUAACAAUCAUCAUCAUCCCACACUCACUUAUACUUUGAAAUGGUUUCUCAGCUUUUAAAAUUAUUUAUUAUUAGUCUACCGGCUCUAGCUAGGAGCCAGGCACAGGCACAACCCAAUAGGCUAUCCGUGUCUAUCUCAUCCUCUAUCUCCUCCACCGAAGCUCACAAUAACACUACCAGUACCAAUGUGCAAUACACGACAGACCUCCCCAGCGGCAGCACUUUAAUCCCGGACGCGAAUGGUGGGAAUGGUGGGAUUGGUGUCAACCCCAACCCCAUUGUCAACCCUCCUACCAACAGUACUAUGCCCUCAGACACGAAUAGUGGCAAUAAUCAUAAUGCUACCGCAAUUCCAAAAAAAACGGGCGCGAGAAAGCUUGCCGGGUAUUACCCCGUUUACAAUGCUGAGGGGCAGCCACUUUCUGAGCUCAGAUAUGACCUUUACGAUGAGAUAUCUUUUUUCGCGGCUACAACUAACGCCAAUUUUACAAUUGGCACCGAUUCUUUGACCCAAAAUGAAUGGGAUACCUUAGCCUUUGAUUUUGUCAAUAGCUGCAAUAACCACUCGGUUUUUCCUUCGUAUACUGUUGGAGGCUGGGGUGGCUCCAGAUACUUUUCAUCACUAGUGGCCACUGCAGAGAACCGGACAGCGUUCGCCAAUUCGACCAUCACCUUCGCUAAAAAAUACGGCUUCAAAGGAAUUGAUUUUGAUUGGGAAUACGCCGGCAUUCAGGGAAUCGGUUGUAACAUUGUUAGUGACGAAGACGUCCAGAAUCAACAGCUGCUAUUCAAGGAAGUUAAAAGCCAAUGGCCCGAAGGAAAGCUAUCUACCACACAAAGCAUUGCGGGUAUCAGGGACCCCAACUACCAAAGAUUACCCGCCUCCGAUGUUACUGUCAUGGCUCAAGUUGUCGAUGAAGUGAGGAUUAUGGCGUAUGAUGUUCAUGGCAGCUUCACCAAGACUACCGGACCAAACGCCCCGAUCAGAGCGCAAUGUGCCGAUCCUGAAAAUCAGCUAUCUGUCGAGAGCGCCAUUGAAAUUUACCUCAAACAGGGUUUCAGACCGGAACAAUUAAGCUUAGGAAUUCCUGGUUACGCCAAAUCCUGGACCUUGACUAAGCCCGAACUCACUCCGAGAAUUGUUGGCAACUACACCAGUUACUACUACCAGAACUACACCGGUAUUCCUGCCGGAGGCAAAUUCGAUGAUCAACCUGGGUUAGACGUUUGUGGUCAAAAAACAGGCUACGGUGGUUCAUGGCUCGUCAAUGAAUUGGUAGAUGCCGGGUUCUUGAGCGACGAUGAAACCAGUGGAGGAAAAGGCUUCACCAGAUAUUACGACGCGUGUUCCGGAGAGCCAUUCCUUGCUAGUAAUUCCACCCUGAUCAGUUACGAUGAUACCGAAAGUACCGUGUCUAAGGUGAUAUACGCCAAAUCCAAGGGCUUGGCAGGCGUCUUUUUCUUUGACACCAUGGGUCCAAGGGACAAAACGGUCAAGGCAGCCAGAACGGCCUUACUCGACUGAAAUUAUAGAGACUUUUGUCCAUAUGUAUUCGUAUUUGUAUAUUUGGGGGGCAUCACAUCAUUUCACUACCAGCUCUUAGAUAUUUUGUCGUUCCGCUUAUGAUCAUGUAGCACUCAUCGAGUCAUCUUUCCUUGCGUAUUCACACCAGCACUAACACAACCCCUCCAAAAGCCCCGCGCACAUAGAAACAGUUUCACUGUCGCUACCUGUCAUAUGGCUUGUUUAUUUUCGUGCUCUCAUUUGGAUAUUCGAUGUUUGUCUGGGGUCUAUAUAGCUUUGCAUUUCCUUCCCGAUUUUCAGUCAUUGGUAUGGGUAUGUUUGGGGUUCUUCUGGGAUUCUGGCUUGAUUGAAAUAACAUAAAUAAAAAGGACACAAAGUCCCGGAUGAAAAAGGG